GCCAAGUAUUUUUAUGUCGUCUUGAGAACCUCUGGAGAACUGACGUGGCUCUUUCCUCUUUGGUUCUGCAGUAGGAGCAAGCAAGCAUCAACUCAACAAAAUGGAGCUGGAGGCGAUGACCAGAUACACCAGCCCGGUGAACCCGGCAGUCUUCCCCCACCUCACUGUGGUUCUACUGGCUAUCGGGAUGUUCUUCACUGCGUGGUUCUUUGUCUACGAGGUGACGUCCACUAAAUACACCAGAGACGUGUACAAAGAGCUGCUCAUCUCCCUGGUGGCGUCUCUCUUCAUGGGCUUCGGAGUGCUGUUUCUCUUACUGUGGGUCGGCAUCUAUGUCUGACGGAUUGUUAUAUUGAUACAGAAGAACAUUCCAGUGGAACAGGAGAAGGACAUGAAAUGGUCUCCACUACAGGAUGGUUAUGGAUCGGAUUGCACUGACAAGACAGUUGGCACUGUGGGUUGGGGUGGCCUUUCAAUAAAUAAGAGACAUUUGUACAAAACUG